AUGGUGGCCCAGACUACGAUAGAACAAGCAACUCAAAAAGAUAUGGCAAAGUCUCGAAUUCCUCUCGAGUACCGCGACUAUUGUGCUAAUCUCUUGAUUCCCCUUAAUAAGUGCAGAGGUGAGACUUUCUAUCUCCCUUGGAAGUGCGAAAACGAACGUCAUGCUUACGAAAAGUGUCAAUACGAUGAUUUUAAGCGUCGUAUGAAGGAACAACAAGCAAAGGCAGAGGAAGAAGCAUAA